CCAUCCUUCCAUCCAGGAAAAACAGAGCUGGACUACUUUAACGAACUAUUUACCUCCUGUUGCUUGGACGGACCGAAGACAACGACAGACAGGAGGUACUUGUGUGUUGUUGUGCAAUAUCGUGUGUGUAUGUGAGUUUUCAGGAGAAUUUUUAAGAUGUUGCCCCAACACAUGAGGCAGAUAAGAGUCCUUCUCCUCAAUGAUAAGGAGAAUCUGGAAAGAACUCUGUUCAGACUAGACCAAGGAUUUGAGCUUCAGUUCCGCCUGGGUCCUAGUCUCCAGGGCAAGAAUGUUACAGUGCUCACCAACUACCCAGCUGAGGGAGCUCGGUUUGAGCGCAGCAACUUCCAGGUUCUGCAGUGGAACAACCCGGCUGGAAGAGAGGAUGACUCUGAUAAGUACUGCUACCUGGACCUUAAGGUAGCCGGGUCUUAUCAGUUCUACUUCGGACAUGGAGACACAAAGCGUUCGGGAGGUGGUUAUAUUGUUGUUGACCCUGUCCUACGUGUGGGAGCAGACAACCAUGUCGUCCCAUUAGACUGUAUCACCAUCCAGACUUACCUCUCCAAAUGUCUGGGACGUCUGGAUGAAUGGUCAGACAGACUGAGAGUCUCCAAAGAGUCUGGGUACAACAUGGUCCACCUCACCCCACUGCAGACAUUGGGAGAGUCCAGAUCAUGCUACUCAUUGGCUGAUCAGCUGAGCUUUAACCCUGAGUUCAGUGCAAAGGGACGGAAGUCCGGUUGGACUGAUGUUGGGGCGCUGGUGGAGAAGCUGAGGAAAGAGUGGAACAUGUUGUGUAUUACCGACGUAGUGUACAAUCAUACUGCGUCCAACAGUGUGUGGAUAAAGGAGCAUCCGGAAUGUGGUUAUAAUCUGGUGAACUCUCCCCACCUGCGUCCAGCCUGGGUUCUAGACAGAGCCAUUUUUCAUUUAACCACUCGGAUUGCAGACGGACGCUACACUGCCAAAGGAUUACCUGCUAAUAUUACCAACGAGGCUCAUCUGAAUGGCAUCCGCAGCGUGCUGUGGCAGGAUCUAUACCCUCAGAUCAAAUUAUGGGAGUUCUUCCAGGUCAAUGUGGACCACAUUGUGGAACGGUUCAGAACCCUGCUCCAGAAUGGUACCAAGCCUGCCAACAUUGAGGGGAAAGAGGGCCUGAAGAUCAUUCAAGACCCCCAUUACUGUCGGUAUGGCAGCACUGUGGACAUGGACUGCGCGCUUCACACCUUUGUACCUCGAAGCUCAUCACCUGGGCAUAUAGAGGAAUGCUGCGGUUGGCUGACACAAAGACUGAACGAGCUGAAUGGUGAACAGUACCACAUUGUCCACCAGCACCAGGAACAGGCUGCCAACUGUAUUGUGGGAAAUGUUGUGUAUGAGCGUCUGGCUGACCACGGCCCUAAAUUGGGCCCUGUCAGCAGGAAACACCCUCUGGUUACCAGGUACUUCACCUUCCCAUUCAAAGAGAUGACUCUGGACCAGGAGAUGCAGUUAUUGAACCAGCCGGACAAGAUAUGUAACUUUCUGGCUCACAAUGGUUGGGUGAUGGGAGAUGACCCACUGCGCAACUUUGCUGAGCCUGGCUCCAACGUGUACCUGCGACGAGAGCUGAUUUGUUGGGGUGACAGCGUCAAACUGCGCUAUGGCAACGGGCCUGGGGACUGCCCCUACCUCUGGUCCCAUAUGCAGAAAUAUACUGAAAUCACAGCCAAGUAUUUCCAUGGAGUCAGACUAGAUAACUGCCAUUCUACACCUAUACAUGUAGCUGAGUUCUUGCUGAAUGUGGCCAGACAGGUGCGUCCUAACCUGUAUGUGACUGCUGAACUGUUCACUGGCAAUGAGGAGCUGGAUAACGUCUUCGUUACCAAGCUAGGGAUUACAUCUUUAAUACGAGAGGCUAUGUCAGCUUGGGACAGUCAUGAAGAGGGACGAUUGGUCUAUCGUUAUGGAGGCGAGCCAGUGGGAGCCUUUGUACAGCCUAGUCUUCGCCCCCUGGUGCCCUCAAUUGCUCACGCCAUGUUCCUGGAUGUAACGCAUGACAACGAGUGUCCCAUACAGCUGCGCUCAGCGUUGGAUUCUCUGCCCAGCUCUGCCAUAGUCUCAAUGGCCUCCUGUGCUACUGGCUCCACCAGAGGAUAUGAUGAAUUAGUACCACACCAGAUCUCAGUGGUAAAAGAGGAGCGUGUAUACUCUAAGUGGAAUUCUUCAGCCUCCACCACAUCUACAGGUCAAGUUAGUGUCCAGACUGGGAUCAUAGCUGGGAAACAGGCACUUAAUCAUCUGCAUCAAGAACUGGCUGCCCAAGGAUUCAUACAGGUGUAUGUGGACCAGGUGGAUGCAGAUAUUGUGGCAAUAACUCGUCACUGUCCCAGCACCCACCAGUCUGUGGUGUCAGUUUGUAGGACAGCUUUCUGGAACCCCAAAAACCAUGAGUACCACAACAAUGUACCACCCAUGUUCAUACCAGGGAAGAUCGAGGAGGUGGUAUUAGAGGCAAGGACAGUCGAAAGACAUGGUGUGAAUUAUACGAAAGAUGAGAAGUACAUCAACGGCAUGCCAGAGUACACUGUGGAAAUAAAAGAACACAUACCGUUACAGGAAAGUACGGUAGUGGAGCAGGCAGGAGUUACAUCAAAAGGUCGAUCUGAAUUUGUCCAAGAAAUUACCUUCCGAAAGCUGACACCUGGCAGUGUCAUCGCCUUCAGGGUGAGUCUGGACCCUAAAGCUCAGAAGUUGGUUGGGGUUCUAAGACACCAUCUGACCCAGUUUAGUCCAAAGUACAAAAAAGGGAGCAUAAUGGACACCAACGUACCAUCAGCACUGCAGAAACCACUUGCACAGCUGAUGUCCAAGCUUACGUUGGCAGAUCUAAAUAUCCUGCUGUUUCGCUGUGACUCAGAAGAACAAGAAGAUGGAGGAGGCUGCUAUGGCAUCCCUGGAUGGGAAGCUCUCAAAUAUGCUGGACUGCAAGGUCUGAUGUCAGUGUUCGCUCAUGUUCGCCCAAAUAACGACCUUGGACAUCCUUUGUGUGCCAACCUCAGACAAGGGGACUGGCUUAUAGACUAUGUAUCCAAUAGACUGAUACACAGAGAGGGACCCCUGGCGCAGGUUGGCCAGUGGUUGGCUGCCAUGUUUGACUACCUGAAACACAUCCCGCGCUACCUCAUCCCUUGCUACUAUGAUGCCAUCUUGGUAGGAACGUAUAACACAGCCCUGGACGCUACCUACAAACUCAUGUCAAACUUCAUUCAGAAUGGAUCUACCUUUGUUCGUCUCCUAGCACUGGGUUCAAUUCAGAUGUGUGGCAUUGGACGUUUUCCUGCCCUCCCCCCAGUCGCUUCAGCAAUAGAGGGCGUCCCCUAUCGUGUCAGUCCAAUCUCUGGCCAUAAGGAGCAGUGUUGUGUCUCACUGGCUGCAGGUCUCCCUCAUUUCUCCUCUGGGAUUUUCCGUUGUUGGGGCAGGGACACUUUCAUCGCUCUGAGAGGACUGAUGCUACUGACUGGGAGACACAUUGAGGCACGUAACAUGAUCCUGGCCUUUGCGGGGACCCUGCGCCAUGGUUUGAUCCCCAACCUGCUGGGAGAAGGCCGCUGUGCUAGGUUUAACUGUCGAGACGCUGUGUGGUGGUGGUUGCAGUGUAUCCAGGACUAUGCUACCCACGUACCCCAAGGAUGUGAAAUCCUGCGCUGUCCCGUCACACGCAUGUACCCCACUGAUGACUCUGAGCCACAGAAACCUGGAGAUGUGGAGCAGCCACUGUAUGAUGUGAUCCAGGAGGCUCUGCAGCGCCACCUUGAGGGUAUCUCCUUCAGAGAGAGAAAUGCUGGACCCAAAAUAGACAUGCAUAUGAGAGAUGAAGGGUUCAACGUGUUUGCUAAGGCUGACCCAGCAACAGGUUUUGUAAGUGGUGGCAACCGCUUCAACUGUGGAACAUGGAUGGACAAGAUGGGAGAGAGCGAGAGAGCCAGGAAUAAAGGCAUGCCUGCUACUCCAAGGGAUGGCGCAGCAGUAGAAAUAGUUGGGCUUAGUAAGUCCACAGUCCGCUGGGUUGUUGAGCUCCAUAAGAAAGGACUGUUCCCAUACGAUGGGGCUCGAGUACACAGAGAUGGUAAAGAAGUGUUUAUCUCCUAUGCAAAGUGGAAUAGCCAAAUCCAGCAGUCUUUUGAGGCAGGUUUCUGGGUAUCUGGGGAGCCAAAUGAUCCAAAUGAGAAGCACCCAGACCUGGUGCACAAAAUCAGCAUCUAUAAGGACAGCUAUGGAGCUUCCAGUCCUUGGUGUGACUACCAGCUGAGACCCAACUUCACUAUCGCCAUGGUGGUGGCUCCUGAGCUGUUCACAGUGGAAAAAGCGUGGAAAGCUCUGGAAGUAGCUGAGAAAAAACUACUGGGACCACUAGGAAUGAAGACACUUGACCCUGAUGACAUGGUGUACUGUGGAGUCUAUGACAAUGCGCUUGACAACGACAACUACAACGUGGCCAGAGGCUUCAACUACCAUCAGGGACCAGAAUGGUUAUGGCCAGUAGGCUACUUCCUACGUGCUAAGCUCUACUUUGCCAAGAAGCUGGGUAAGGAAGCCUACAGCAAAACGGUCACCCUGGUCAAAAAUGUUCUUUCAAAACACUUCACCCACCUGGAGAGGUCUCCAUGGAAGGGUCUGCCAGAGCUGACCAAUGAAAACGGCCAGUACUGCCCCUUCAGCUGUGAAACCCAGGCCUGGUCUGUGGCUACUGUGCUGGAGGUCCUAUAUGACCUCUAGAUGACCUUUAUGUGAUACCCGUGUGCCCUCUGACCUCUGGCAUUAUCAUGUCAGGUGUUACAGAGAGGUCGUCUUGUAGUUCUCACUGUGGUAGCUCAGAAAGGAGAAUUCACGGGGCUUGAUUCCCAGUCAAGACCCAGUCCACUGACUAUACAAGCUGGUUUAGCUGAAUUCUCUCUUGCUCUUCCAUACUACUAAGGUCUAUAAAUUUACCAGGUGGAAUCACAUUACCUCCCUGCUGUGAGCAGCCUCUCUGUUGCCAAACUGAGUAUUUAAGGAAGUAUACAACAUUUUAAAGAACAAGUGGACUCACUUAGUGGAAAAAUACACAGAAUUCAGACUACUGCUUUAUCCAAAUUGCCCAGCUCUAUGUUAUUCUAAUGGAAACUGGGAGGUUUCAUCAUUGUCAUGACCUGAAUAAUCUAUUGACCUUGUAGUCUGAGAAGACUUACUGUAGGGAUGGGAUGGUGCAUCUUAAAGAAACGUGUUUAGUUCAUAAUGCUUGGUUUGGAAGGCACACGGGGAUUUCAGUACUCUCAGUUCAGUCAUGGUGAGUGGUUUGAAAUGCUUCGGGCUGGUGAACAACUGAGCAACGUGUCUGUGUCUGCUGUUAUUUUUAUAACUGGUAAAACUGUCCUGCAGAAUCAGCGUUUAUCAUUUGAUACCCUGCUGAAAAGCCCGAUCCCAUUACACGAGGCUGCCCACACCACAGGUCAGAUGCAUCAUACAGUUUAUGGAGGAGACCUGGCUUGUAAUAACCUGACUAUGAUGAAAUGAAUCAAGCCUCUUGGCAAAUUCAAUACUGAAAUACAAUCUCAAUCUCCAGAAUUUUUUUUAAAAUAAAUUCAUUUACAAACACAAUCUAAUCCAUGUGUAAAAAGGUUGAAUUUUUAAUAAAAUCAUCACUUUGUUCCUACAAUAUGUCAUAUGUCCUAAAUUAG